AUGAUCCAAGGUCUUCCCACUUGGCUCGCGCAAGCCCACAACGCCGCCCACAUCACCGUCGUCCUCCGCACCCUCCAAAAGCGCGAGCGCACUCGCCUAGUGGCUUGCACCGCGUCCAGGCACCAGGCGCACCCAUCCAAAAGGCAUAGGCUCUCCCAUUUGCCAUCCACACUCGCCACCAAGUCCGAGCAUGUCGCCUACUACUCCGCCUCCGUCGGAUCCGACCCGAACAACCAGCCCGACAAUCGGUACGCGGACAUCUUUCCCUACGACCGCACUCGCGUGGUCGUGUGCCCGGGGGAGCCAAGCCACGAUUGCUCGAGCUCCUGCACCUCUGGACGGUACCUGAACGCCAACUGGGUACGCGAACUCGCCGGGGGGAAGUGGUGGAUCGCCACCCAAGCACCCCUUCCCCAUACAGCCCACACGUUCCUAAGCGUGAUCAUGGAAGGCGUCUCCCCGCCGCCCGGGACGCGCUUCUCCAACCUCCGGAGCCUCAAUCGGAUUCGGACCGUCGUUCAGCUUACGCGGAACCUCGAAAGCGGCAUGCGCAAGGCCCAUGUCUAUUUCCCGCCCGUGGACGGCCAGUCGUGGGUCAUUGAGCCCCCGAGCGGGUCUGAGGACCCGCCCUUCCAGGUCACGCUCGUGCGCUCGCAGGCCAUCGAAGAGGCGCAUUGCGUGCAGAGCGUCGUCUCCCUCCGCACGCUCUCGAAGGACCGGGCACCGGAGGGCGACCCGAUUGUCUUUCAGCACCUGCUCUACACAGCGUGGCCCGACCACGGCGUUCCCGCGCGCGAGGACCGCGAGGGCCUCCUCCGUUUCACGCGUCUCGUUGACGAGGCGAACCGCGACUUGUCACUGCACACGGGCGUUGCGGACCUCGACCCUAACCCGCCCAUCAUGGUGAACUGCUCGGCUGGGGUCGGCCGCACGGGUGCAUUCAUCGCGAUCUCGUCCUUGCUACGACACUACCGCUUCCUUGCACCCGGCGACCAGACGGGUGAACCUAUCCCGCCGCUGCCGCCUUCCCCACUAGGGCCUCUUCCCGAGGAACUGCAGGACGAUCUGGUGGCGCAGGAGAUCGACUCGCUCCGUGAACAGCGUCCCGGGAUGGUUCAGCGCGACGACCAGGUCGGUUUGGUCUACGAAGUGCUGGUGGCUGCGUUUGUCUCUGCCUCGGACACGGACACGGAUGCCUUACCUGGCGGCGACGCCUAA